AGGUUCUCGUAUCUGGAGGAUAACAACGAAAGAUCUUAUAUCUCUCAGAACGAAUGUGGUAUCUCCGGAGGCAAGGUAUUUCGAACGAACUUCGAUAGCGAUUCAAUAGUUACUAUUAUCUUCCCACAACCAGUCCUCUCUACAAACAUUCGAAUCCAUAUCGAUGGCAUCCAUAUCAAGACCACCCUCAGAUGUGAAAUUCUAGGGAUGCAGGAUAUUGAUUGCGAUGAUCUUUACGCAAGUGGAUACCGUGAGGGCGGUGUUUACACUCUCAAACCAGCUGACGGCAAUCAGUCGUUGGUGGCGUACUGCGAUAUGGACUCGGACGAAGGAGGGUGGACUGUGUUUCAGCGUAGACUUAAUGGUUCGACAAACUUCUCCAAGACCUGGACCGACUACGAGAAUGGAUUCGGAGACCUCAGCGGCGAACACUGGCUAGGCCUCCGGAAGCUGUACAGAAUCGUAGGUCAAAGGUCAUACACACUGCGCAUUGACCUUGAGUACUCUGACGGGACCAGACAGGUUGCCAAUUACACGGGUUUCUCGCUUGGUGAUCACUCCACCGGUUACCGGCUUCAUAUCAGCGGGCUUGAAGGACAUACAGAUGACCCACUGGCCUACCACAACGGGACAUCAUUCAUGACUCCUGAGCAGUUGCCUAGCAACGGGAUGCCAUCCUGUGACGGACCACGCCCAUCUGGCGGUUGGUGGUAUCUGGGAGAAUGCGACGAUCAUGUGGAUCUGAACGGCGUGUUUCCGGGUACUGCUAGUGAUGCUCGCUAUGAGAUGUUUUGGGAGGUUCCUACUAGCGGGAGCCCCACCCUCACAUUCAGUGAGAUGAAGAUUAAACCGAUUUCUUAAACAUUUAGAUAACGAUGAUAAUUGCCCACACUUCGAA